CGUCACACUGACGAAGUCCGCGAAGCGCGUUAUUAUCGCACUACAGUGCCGCAUCUUUAUUGGCAGUGUGGUCGACAACCUGCGGUCACUGCGGACAGGGUUGACAGCAGGAAUACGACAAACAUAUUAAACACAUCGAAGGAUGUCUGGGAUCACUGGGAAUUUGGAUUGCGAGGAGUGUUUGUCUUCUGGGCAUGUGGCCAACAGCACGGAGUUACAUCUGCACUCCACUACUGUGGAUGAGGACGAUGAACUUCUGAGAUACAUCUGGAGAGAGUACUUACACCCCAAACAGUAUGAAUGGGUUCUCAUUGUGGCUUACAUUAUUGUGUUCUUCGUCUCGCUCAUUGGAAACUCGCUGGUUUGUUUUGCAGUGUGGAAAAACCGCCACAUGCGCACCGUGACCAACUAUUUCAUAGUGAAUCUGUCCUUUGCUGAUGUGUUGGUCACCAUCAUCUGCCUCCCUGCGAGUCUUGUGGUAGACAUCACAGAGACGUGGUUCUUUGGAAACACUCUUUGCAAAGUUGUGCCUUAUUUGCAGACCAUCUCAGUUUCUGUAUCAGUCCUCACACUGAGCUGUAUUGCCCAAGACCGAUGGUAUGCUAUCUGCCACCCGCUGAUGUUCAAGAGCACAGCCAAGAGGGCUCGCAAGAGUAUUGUUGUCAUUUGGGUUGUGUCCUGCAUCAUCAUGAUCCCUCAAGCUAUUGUGAUGGAGUGCAGUAGCCUGCUGCCUGAACUAACAAACAAGACCAGCCUGUUCACUGUGUGUGAUGAACAUUGGGGAGCUGAGAUCUACCCAAAAGUGUAUCACAGCUGUUUCUUCAUUGUCACAUACUUUGCACCAUUAUGUCUCAUGGUCCUGGCGUAUAUCCAGAUAUGUCACAAGCUAUGGUGUCAACAGAUUCCCGGAAACACAUCAGUGUUGCAGAGGAAGUGGAGGUCCAUGCAGUGUUCAGGUCCCACUCCAGGGCUGGGAGAGUCCAUGAGGGUCAGGACCAGCACAGUUUGUGCUGAGAUCAAACAGAUCCGGGCCCGGCGCAAGACAGCUCGCAUGCUAAUUGUAGUGCUCUUUGUUUUUGCCCUGUGCUACCUACCAAUCAGCGUGCUCAAUGUGAUGAAAAGAGUCUUUGGGACAUUCAGGAGCACAAAUGACAGAGAGACAGUGUAUGCAUGGUUCACCUUUUCACAUUGGCUCAUAUAUGCCAACAGUGCAGCAAAUCCUAUCAUCUACAAUUUCCUCAGUGGGAAGUUCCGUGGGGAGUUCAAAACAGCCUUUUCUUGCCAUUGUUAUGGCAAAGGCCAAAAUCACACACAGAGGACACGGACCAGACCAAGCACAGACAGACGGAAAUCCCUGUCAACUCAAGUUAGCAACAUGGACAAUGUGUCACGCAUAUCAGAUCAGAUAGUGUAGUUUUAUAAUCCAGGUGGGGAGUUUUUCUGACCAAUUCAAGCAUCAGAGGACACACUCAUCGUUAAGGUAGACAUUAUUUUUGUUUUAUGUUUGCUUAGUUUCACGAGGACACUUUAUGGAAGUUAAGAGCUUUAGCAAUCUGGGCACUGUUUUCUGAAGACCUUCUCACAUUAACACAAUCAGGAACACAGUAGGACAUGGCCUCCACUCAAAUGCACAGAAACUGUCUAUUUAUUAUUAAAGGACACCUUUUGAAUGUUUAGUAUUUAUUAACGCAUACCAUAUGUACUAUAUACAAGGUUAAGUGAGUUUUAAUUGGACGUAUUGUAUUGUAAAUGUACUAUGUUGACUGCUCUGCAUACUGGAGAUGAACCUGCUGAUUCCAAUUUUGGCCGAUUCCAAUUUUCAUUCUCUCUAAGAACUAUAAAUGACAGAACACACAAACAUUUUUGUAACUUUUCUUUACUGGAAAAUUCUCUUUAUUAGGAUCCCCAUAAGCAACCGCUUUUCUGACUGGGGUCCAUUCCGCAGCAGGUUACAGGAGCUUCUCUCAGUCAAACACAAAAGUAAUUCAGGUUAGGCUGCUGGACAGAGUUUUUAGUAUGAAUAAAAUCUAACUGAAAAGAAACUGCAGUAGGUUAUAACAAGGCUCAGUGUUUCCCACAAAAGGAUAAUGUAAAUGUAGUGGUGGGGGGUAUAUAUGUAUUUUUUAUUUGAAAAUAUUUGAAAGAAUACAUUACCCUAUUUCUAGUAUUUCUAUAGUAUAAUUUCACCAUUUUAAUUCUACUUAAUUGUCCAAAUUACUUUUUUACUCAGACACCAUCCAGCACAGCACGUGUGUAACAUUUAGUGUGACCGGCAGAAAAUCGGACAUUUGACAUCACCGGCCCAUACUGUCCUCAGCCAGUUGAUUGGUGCAUCCCUACGGCAUACAUUUAUUUUUAGUUCAGUAGCAGGAUUUGUUUAUUAAUGUUUAUAUAUUUGUAGGUUUUAUGGGUUUUUAUAACAAUAAUACAGCAGGUGCUAUAGACAAUAAGUCUUUUAACUGCUCAGGCUUGUAGUUUGUCUCCUUGAUUUGUAGUUCCUGCAUGAAUGUGUCCUGGUGGACUUCGUUAUGAAACGGCUUUCUUUCACUGGACAUACACUGAGUUUUGAUUGAACAAUAUCGGCAAAGCAAAUAUUUUAUAUUGUAGCUACACACUUGCCUACUAUGUAUUGCACCAAAGCAAAAUUUAUUAAUUCUAUUUUAAUCCAUUAAACCAUUUUGAAAUACAAUGAAGUGCUUCUGUCAGUCACCUUUACUGACAGCUUCAGAGCGCAGGGGGACAUUGUCCUGCUGGAAAAGAUAAUUCUCCAGGCCCAACCUUUCAA